AUGACCCUUCCAAGCACUUGGUAUCACGUGAUUCAGGCACAUGGGUUGAUCGCCGUCGUCGUCGUCGUCACCUGUGGGCCAACGCCCCUGCCCAACCUUGUUUACAUGUACGACAUCCUUUCUUCCUACCGCAUCCCAAGUUCUACUUCCGACCCGUAUCUCCCCAGCACGCACGAUCCAGCAGCACAGCACAGCACAGCUCCUGCGAGCAACCGUUAUAGCAGAAGCUUCCCCGUCAAGCAACCCCCCCAAUUCAACCCUCCCCAUACGAAGAUGUCUUCCGGUGAGAAAGAAGCAGGCGGCGUCUCUGCGCAGAACAAAGGCUCAUGGAGUGCAUUCUUGAAGUCUAUUGCUUCGUUCUCUGGCGACCUCUCGUCCCUGACAGCUCCUCCUUUCAUCCUUUCCUCGACGUCCCUCGUUGAGUUCUCGAGUUACUGGGCCGAGCAUCCCUCCACCUUCGUCGCCCCCGCCAAGGAAAAGGACCCUCAGAAGCGCGCGCUGCUGGUCCUGAAGUGGUUCUUGAGCACACUCAAGCAGCAGUAUGCCAGUCGCAGCGAGAAGUUUGGCAACGAGAAGAAGCCCUUGAACCCUUUUUUGGGAGAGCUGUUCCUGGGCAAGUGGGUGGAUUCUGCUGGGACUACGGAGUUGAUAUCUGAGCAAGUCAGUCACCAUCCUCCAGCCACCGCAUACCACAUCUCGAACAAGGAACACGGCGUCUACCUCCAAGGCUACAACGCCCAGAAGGCCUCUUUCGCACGCACAAUAUACGUCAAGCAAAUCGGGCACGCCGUAUUAUCGAUACCAGCCUUCAAUGAAACCUAUCUCAUAAGCCUGCCAAACUUGCACAUCGAAGGUCUUAUCUUCGGGUCUCCUUUCGUUGAAUUGAACGACAAGUCGUACAUCACUAGUAGUUCAGGAUACACCGCCAAGAUCGACUACAGCGGGAAGGGAUGGCUGUCAGGCAAGAAGAAUAGCUUCACGGCUAUGCUAUACCCGACGGGUAAGGAGAAGGAGGUGUUGUAUACCGUAGCGGGCCAGUGGACGAAAUCUUUCGACAUCAUGGAGGGGAAGAAAAACGUCAUCGAUACUUAUAACGCGGAGACAUCCCCCACGACCCCCCUGACAAUUGCUCCUAUUGAGGCGCAAGACCCGAUGGAAUCUCGCAAGGCAUGGCAGAAAGUUGCGGCUGGAAUUGCUGUGGGUGAUAUGGAUACGACGGGCGUAGAGAAGACAAAGAUUGAGGAGUCGCAGCGUGAACUUAGACGGCAGGAGGCAGCUGAGGGGAGGCAGUGGAUGAGACGUUACUUUACAAAGCAGGAUUCAGAUGAGGUGCUGAAUACGCUGGGUCCGGCUAUCGGGUUGUCGCCGGAACCUGAUAAGACAGGUGGGAUUUGGCGUUUUGAUGAGGCGAAGGCCAAGGCGGUGCAGAGUCAGGCUGCUGGUUCGGUGCCUGCACCUGCGCCAGCAAAGUGA